AUGACACAUCCUCUCCUCAUCUUCAUCCUCCACUUGGCGGCGUUGAUGGCGGAAGGCGUGCCUCAGGUGCAGCUGGAGCGCUGGGUGCGCUCGGGCCUGCAGUCCCUGGAGUGGGACCGGCUGGACCGCUGCCUGCGUGCCUCCUCUCACUCGGAAACCGAGUGUCGGCGGUUCGCCCACCUGCCGCCCUCCGCCGUGGCCGUCUACAUCUCCGAGCCGCAACCCGCCACUGCAGGUGCCGCCGACAAAGUGCUUGCCAUCCUCCCAGACUCUUACUCGUCCAGUGGGAUGAUCAGCUCCAAAUUUCGGAGUGCUUUUAGCAUGGGCCCAUUGGUGAACAGGAGGGAGAGCAGACACAGGUACCAACCUCCGGCUUUCCCUGCCUCCAUGAGCCAUGACGCCGUUCUGGUGCUGGACCCGAAUCCCGGCGAGAACUUCGGACACCCGGUUGCCCUCUUCUACGUGGACCUAAAUGUGACAAAGAAGAGAUGUGCCCACCUCGAUGGCAUUUACCUGGGAGAAGAGUGUUUAACUCAGGCCUUGAAAGGUCGCUGUCAGAACCAGCUGAAGCGUCGGCAAGCCGGGCCCGAGAGGCUUAUGGGACAUGGGCACGGCUGGCUGGUGGGCGGAGCUUCACGCAAAGAUACCUUUAGCAGUCCAGUCAGUGGGCGGCUCUGUGAGGUCCACUUCCUUCCUUUGGUGGUCAGAGUCGGAGACAGCAACCGGACCCAGAGACUCAAAUGUGUAGAUCACACAGACUUCUCCAGGUGUCCUCAAUUGGUGCCCAUUGGAUCCCCAAGUUUGCCCAUCUCGAGCUGUGAGCUAAACAAAAACACCAGACGCUGUCACCAGCAGCCACUGGCCACUCAACUCUCCUGCCGCCUUUACCAGACCUGCGACCAUGCCGUGCUUAUCUCUGGUGGCUGGCGGCAACAGAUGACGUUCCAGCGACACGUGCAGAAUCUUCAGAGGUUCUACAGAAUGUUGCGGAUGAAUGGUUUUCACAAAGAUCACAUCAAGACCUUCUUUGCAAGCAGUGGGCACAUUCCAGAGGAGCUGGAGGGUGCUUACUCAGCCACGGAGAAGGCGGUGAUCCGUAACCACGUGUCCUAUGUCUGCAGGAAACAACACUGCGCCGACUCACUAGUGCUUUAUCUGAACUCACCCACGCGCAGUGAUGGGACCAUGCUACUAUGGGACGCCAACCUCAACGGCAUUGCUGAUCUGAAGGAGCGCUACUCAGUCAACGAGCUGUUGACUGACCUGGCCGGCUGCAGGGCAACUCGUGUUUUGUUGUUCGUGGAUCAGAGCUACAGCGGCGUUCUUUCCAAAAGGCUGAGAGGCUCCCAGAAACAUCUCAAUGUGGUUUUGAUCCAGAAUCAAAAAUUGUUUAACCAAAACUACCAGAACCACAGGGUGGCUAUGAGCUGGGAGGACAGCAGCUGGGGUCAUAUUGGUCCCUCAACCUGCUUGCUGGAUUACCUGGAGAAGAGUGCGGGGGCUUCCCACCUGUUGGACCGGUGGGCCAACCUUUUGAACAUCACCCUGGCAGGAGCUCCAUGCAACGCCACACCUCCGCUAACGGACAGCGAGAUGCGGCGGUGGUACCAGGGAUGCCAGAACCUGCCAACCGCGCUCUGGCACAGAAAGUACAGGGGGAUCAACUAAGAAAGGGGGGAACCCUAAGAGACUGACAGAGUGAGCGCAAGAGAAAGCGAAAGAGCGAGAGAGAGAGCGAAAGAGAGACCUCACACACACAGAAAAUACAUGUUAGAGUUUAUCACAUGCAUGUGUAGAUGGACAGUAGAUCCAAUGUGCUUGUGUUUGACGUGUGUUUGUGUGUCCGUGUAUGUAUGUAUAGUGUGUGUCUGGGUUUGUGUGCGUGUAUAAGUGUGUUUUCUGCCCUAACGCUGAACCUGGACUGCAACCAUGAUGAUGACAGCUCAUCCCAAGGGGGUGUCCUGAACCUGAACCCCAUUUGUGUUGAUAUGUGUGUGGAGGUUCAGCAAAAGGACACACUUGGGUCAAAGUGUGUGUGUGUGUGCGUGUGUGUGUUAGUUCAACAUUUCACAACUGAUCACUUGUCUCUUUUUUUUGUCAUUUCUUUGCUUCCUCUUUUCAUCCACCACCUACCAUCCUUUCUGUUUUUAAAUUAAUUUAUCCACUUAUCCUUUUAACCAAAGCUCCCCUUUAACUUAAUUGGCUGCACAUUGUUAUUGUUAUUUUGAUCAUAAUAGUUAUUUUGAUAAUAAGUUAACUCUCAAAACAGUUCUAUCUGCUAUUUGUAAUGGAUAAAAAUAUAGUUUA